GAGUCCUUGUAGGCAAUUAGUACAACGAGAGUGUUAGCUCCAGCGUUUAAUGUACAAGACGAAUUAUCAUCCUAUCUAGUGUGCCUGUAGGAUAACCUACGUUUUUGCUUCAUCAAAAAGCACAUGACGUGACAAGAAAUGAAUGAAGGGUAUUUCUUCCAGAAAAUGAGUCUUCUCCAUUCAUGCAUCGUAGUAACCGAAUCAUUGUUGGCUUUGUUUGGUAGUAAAUUCACAAAACGACCUCAAUUCACAAUGUCGAGAAAUUUACUAUUGACGAUGCGAAAGCUGCACAAGCUGAAUUGUAAUCAGACGCAUUGGCAAUUGGUUCGUUAUAAUGAUGUUAUAGAGUACUGGAAAAUCGGUAAUGAUUCAUCAGAUUAUGAUCCACGAUGCUGCCAAGUUUGCAAAUGCCUCGGAGUUUUUGUCAAACAACCACAAUAUGCUGUUUUGUUAAGCAACAAUAUACAAAUACUUCACCAGCUCUCACUUUUCCGAAACUAUUUUGUCAAUCUUAUGCUGUUUCAUUGAAAAUAACAUGUAGCUUUGCGUUGAAAGUAUUCCAGGACGGCAAGAACUGCCUUCACAGGGAACGCAUUCUCGAGUAAUCUCAUC